AAGAGUAUAAAAUUGUUCCAGUGGAUGAAGAAACAAAUCGCUCAGUAAGAAACAACAAACAUGGUUCUCAAAGGCUUAAUCGCGGUGUGGUUGUGUAGUUCCCUUGUGUUGUGUGACAGCUCAAGCCAAGUCGGAUCUAGAGGCGACGGAUCAGGAUCAGGAUCAGCUUCUCAUGGCAUUGGUCAGAACUGUUGCGGUGCUUGUGACGACCCUAAUGCGGUGUGUGUACCAUUUGGCUGCACUUUUGUCUGUGAUUGCGACGACGGAUUCGCGUACUGCCCUGGAUGUGGAGAUGAGUGUGGGAACUGCCUGCCAUACGCCAACGUUGAAGAGCAGUGUUUCUGUGAUGCCCAAUGUCCCCCCACAUCGUUCUGUAACUCCAACACGCACGAAUGUGAAUGCAUCUCUGGAUACGAGUUCGAUGGCUCCGCAUGCGUCACUGAUCCAGAUGGUCCAGGUGCUGGCCUGAACGACGCAUGUGAUGGGGACGGAGGUAAUGGAGCCAGAGCUGCUAUCAACUGCAUCAACUGGCCAGUGUUCAAGUGUCAGGUUGUCCUAGGAACAGGACCCCCGCCAAUCAAGGUGUGCUCCUGUAACGGGCCGCGAGGAUACAUUUACAAUGAAACAACAAUGGAAUGUGACUGUACCAAAACGGUCGGAGGUUGUGCCAACGACUAAAUUUUGCCAGCAGCUAUGCCAACAUCGUGCGUUGACACAAUCGGAUAAUGAACUUAUUGCGAUCCAUACGGACUUUACUCUGAGAUGGCAAAUUAUAUAUUCUCCAAUUUAACACAAACACAGCAAAACGUAUGACGCAUAUCGAUGUAUUGCAAUGGUGAAACUAACUGUUUCUGAGGAAAUAAAUAGCUUGUUGAAUAUUCUUUUGAGACAAGUUUCCUGCUGUUACCUUGCAGAAAUGGACCAUUAAAUUCUAAACAAUAUAAACUGCAGAAAUUUCUUUAUGGAUAAAACGUGAUAGGAUAGUUAUAAUAUCUUACUCAUUUUCUCCCUAGCUUGUGAUACAUUCAAUUAAAUUAACAAUGUUUACUUUUUAUAUGAUUUUGAUAUUGAAGUUUUUUAUUUAUUUAAAAAUGAGUUUUUUGCACAGCCAAAACUUUAAAAGCUUUGACGAAAUAAUUCAUUCAGGUGUGCAAUGUUUAAACGGUUUGAAAGUUGGGCGGCAUUUUCAUUAUCAGUCCGGUUUGAAAAAUUGGAUUAUCUGUAUUUUCAAAACCCCCGGGAGAACAUACUUUUUAAGUGAUUUUAAAUCAAAAAUUGGUAUUUCAAAUAUGUUUUGCCCUACGAAUAGAGACCAGGCUAAUAUAGUUUAACCAGUGUUUAUUACCUUUUACUGAAGAAAGCACACACAACUUUCAUAAAUAAAUCUUGGUUCUGCAAUGCCUCGAGUACACAACAGGACAGGUACUCAAAACACAUCUUAAGUCAUUUCUUAACUUUAGUUUUUUUUUUAGAAUGUCCACAGACAAAUAAUGAAAAGUUCUUCAAACAUGACAGUAUUUCCCACUGAAGAAGUUUAGAUGUUAAUAAGUUAAUAUAGCAUCUGACUAGUGAGAUAUCUUACUAAGGAAAAUUACUUAAUAUGUUUUAUGAAUACCGCCACACCAGUAUAACGUCGUGUUCACAAGAUGUGCUUAAUAUGUUUUGU